AUGUCGCAGCCAGCACAAAGUCCCUUGCAAUUCAGAUCUACGGUGUUUUUGCUGCACAUCGCCUUGGAGAUUCCUGUGGCCAUUCAGGGAAUUUGGUCACCCGCAAGUCUUCCGCUUCUGGAACUAAACAACACGACGAUCGCUAUUCUCAAGUUAUACGCUGCACUUUCUUUUGCUUCCUGCAUCGCUGCAUUUUUGUGUUUUUCUCUGCCUGAGUUUCUUCCGGGAAAGCGCGCCCUCGCUAUCGGUCUUACCGUAUAUCACUGCAUCGCCUCUACUAUACUAUUCCAAGCUCCUCGCUUCAUCCCGCAUUCUUUUGGUGAAUUAUUUGAAUCGUUCAAACUAACGCCGGAAGUUCUCUGGGGAACAUUACACGGCGUUAUUGGUCUCGGUUUUGUCUCCUGGUGGCAAGCAACCGUUGCUCUCACUUCGUCCGUCCGGAAGAUGCAGUAAUUCAUGUAUCCAAGUGAAUUGUAUCUGCUGGAGGUACAUGUCUUUUUGUGUAAUACGUACGGCGGAUUUAACAAUAGAUUAUUCGUGCGUGCUUGUGCGAGAGCAAAUUGCC